AUGGCCUUCACAAACCAGCCGGGCACGUUGCUAGGCCCUCUGACGACGACAUGGACCGCGCCCGCGUCGUGCUCAAUCUACAUGCCGCCGUGCUCGACAUGCGACCAAGGGUUCCGAGCCCAGUCCUGCAACGCCGUCAGCGGCGGCCAGGUGCGGGACAACACGGCGUGCUGGCCGCCGGUCACAAAGGGCGUUGCGUCCCCGAGCUGGCCCUUUGUCGGCUGGGGGUUCUACUCGCCCGGCCUGGCGUGCCCUGCGGGAUACACGACGGCUUGCACGGCCGUCUAUGGGCAGAGGCCGGAGUGGGAUACGCAGUUUACGCUGGUGUCGUCUGAGACUGCUGUGGGAUGCUGUCCGACGGGCUUCUCAUGCGCCAACAUCAACGGAAACACAUGCAUCGCAACGGCGACGUCAACAUCCAUCCCGACUGCCUUCUGCGACGGCACCGAUCUUACCGAUUCAGCCACUGAGACGUUUCCCAAUAUCGUCACAGUCACCCAGACGAACUCUGCCGGCGCCGAUGUGAGAGUAUCGACGUCGACGCGGACGACGAUGAUGUUGUACGCGCCCAUGUUCCAGCUCAACUUCCAGGCAAGCGAUUUGCCUGCCUCGACAACCGCCUCCACAACAGAACCUACAUCAUCAUCAUCACCGUCGUCAUCGACAAGUUCAGCACCGGAUAACGACGGCGCGUCACACUCCGCAGGAGGGCUCUCCAGCGGAGCCAAAGUCGGGCUGGGCGUCGGGCUAGGUCUUGGAAUUGCGUUUCUGCUCGCCUUUGCUGGCUUCAUAUACUACUACCGACGGUCGAGGAGGGUGCAGUUGCCGCUGGGGAGUGAGCUUCCUAAUAGCGAGGUUUCUGAGGCUGCGCAUGAUAGCCCCAAGGUCGUCAAGCCGCAGUCCCAGGUCUAUGAGAUGGGGGACUAUUAUGCGCCUGCGGAGUUGCCCGGUGAUGGUCACGGAGGGGACCACGGGGGGCAGAAUGCGUCGAGAUUUGCUUGA